CGCUGUCUGUUUCCCUCCUCCUCCUCCUCUUCGCCUUCCUCCUCUCGGGGCUCAGCCAGCGCUUCCCCACCGCGGCGGUAGCUACGCAGGCGCGGCCGCUGCCGCUGCCGCGAUAAUCGGGGCCUCCCUGCGCCCGGGGAAGGAGCGCGGAUGGCGGUGCCAACGAUGCUCUCUCCUCUUCCGGGGCGGAAAGUACCUUGCGUGACCGGGGUUCCGCGUCCACCACCGGGUUCCCUCGGGAUUACCGCGUUCCGCUGUAAAACAGACUCUGAUGGCUUCCGAACCUGCUCUACAGCCUUCUCCCAGGAAAACGGUGGCCUCUCAUGUACCUUUCGCAGAUCUGUGUUCCACACUGGAGCGUAUGCAGAUGUGUAAAUCUCGCCCGGAGAAAAUCAAGUAUUUCAAGGAGUUCCUGGAUUCCUGGAGAAAAUUCCAUGAUGCUCUUCAUCAGAAAGAGAAAGACGUCACGGAUUCUUUUUAUCCAGCUAUGAGGCUUAUUCUUCCACAGCUGGAAAGAGAAAGGAUGGCGUAUGGAAUUAAAGAAACUAUGCUUGCGAAGCUGUAUAUUGAACUGCUUAAUUUACCUAAAGAUGGAAAAGAUGCUGCAAAGCUUUUAAAUUACAGAACCCCUGCUGGCUCACGUGCAGAUGCUGGAGAUUUUGCGAUGAUCGCGUACUUUGUGUUAAAACCCAGGAGCCCAAAGCAAGGCAGGCUGACAAUAGAACAAGUCAACGAACACUUAGAUGCAAUAGCUAAUAAUAAUGCUGCUAAAAACAAAGGUCUGCUAAAGAAAAGUCUCCUUCAGUUAAUUACCCAGAGCACAGCACUGGAACAAAAAUGGCUUAUCCGGAUGAUUAUAAAGGAUCUGAAGCUUGGUGUUAGUCAGCAAACUAUAUUUUCAAUUUUUCAUCCUGAUGCUGCUGAGUUACACAAUGUCACGACUGAUUUGGAAAAAGUUUGCCUACAACUGCAUGAUCCCUCUGUCUCACUUAGUGAUGUUUCUAUCACAUUGUUUUCUGCCUUUAAACCCAUGCUUGCUGCUAUUGCUGAUGUCCAGCAAAUUGAGAAACAAAUGAAUAACCAGGUAUUCUACAUAGAAACCAAGCUGGAUGGUGAACGUAUGCAGAUGCACAAAGAUGGUGACGUGUAUAAAUAUUUUUCUCGAAAUGGGUUUGACUAUACUCAGCAGUUUGGUGCUUCCCCCCUUGAUGGUUCAUUAACACCAUUUAUUCAUAAUGUAUUUAAAAGUAAUAUACAAAAUUGCAUUCUUGAUGGGGAAAUGAUGGCUUACAAUCCGGGGACACAAACCUUUAUGCAAAAAGGAAACAUUGACAUAAAAAGAAUGAUGGAGGACUCUGAUCUGCAGACAUGCUUCUGUGUGUUUGAUGUAUUGAUGCUUAACAAUCAGAAGUUGGGUCACGAAGUACUAAGCAAAAGAUAUGAAAUCCUAAGUAGUGUAUUUACCCCGGUAACAGGCAGGAUACAUGCUGUACCUAAAAAAAUUGCCAGUACAAGAAAAGAAGUGAUUGAUGCUUUAAAUGAAGCAAUAGAUAACAGAGAGGAAGGGAUUAUGGUGAAAGAUCCCAUGUCCACCUACAAGCCUGACAAACGUGGGGAGGGCUGGUUAAAAAUCAAGCCAGAAUAUGUCAAUGGGCUGAUGGAUGAACUAGACCUUUUAAUUGUUGGUGGUUACUGGGGAAAGGGCUCACGUGGUGGAAUGAUGUCCCAUUUCCUGUGUGCUGUUGCAGAGACACCCCCUCCAAAUGAAAAGCCUACGGUUUUCCACUCUAUUUGUCGUGUUGGCUCUGGCUAUACGAUGAAGGAACUGUAUGAUUUAGGUUUGAAGCUGGCUAAACAUUGGAAGCCUUACCAAAGGAGGGACCCUCCCUGGAACAUCUUGUGUGGUACUGAAAAACCUGAAAUGUACAUUGAACCUUGCAACUCUGUCAUAGUUCAGAUCAAGGCAGCUGAGAUUGUUAACAGUGAUAUGUACAAAACUGACUGUACUUUGAGGUUCCCCCGAAUUGAGAAGAUAAGAGAGGACAAAGAGUGGUAUGAGUGCAUGACAUCAGACAUGUUAGAAGAUCUCAGAAGCAAAGCAGAAGGGAAGCUGGCAUCUAAGCACCUUUGUAUAGAUGAAUAUGAUGAGCCACAGGAGAAAAAAAGGAAAACUGUAUCAAAGGUGAAGAAGGUAAUUGGAAUAGCUGAGCAAUUUAAAGCUCCUGAUCUUUCCAAUGUGAGCAAGGUUUCAAAUAUAUUUGAAGAUGUUGAAUUCUGUGUUGUGACAGGAACACCAAAACACUCCAAGUCUGAUCUGGAAAGCAGAAUAGCUGAAUGUGGUGGCAGCGUUGUACAGAACCCAGGGCCGGAGACUUACUGUGUCAUUGUAGGAGCUGAGAAUGUCAGAGUGAAAAACAUCAUUGCUUCCAACAAAUACGACGUGGUGAGGGCAGAGUGGCUCCUUCAGUGUUUUCAGACCAAAAUGCUGGUGCCUUGGCAGCCAGCCUUUAUGAUUCACAUGUCUCCUGACACAAAAGAACAUUUUGCUCGUGAGUAUGAUUGCUACGGAGACAGCUACACAGCAGAUGCAGAUGUUGCACAACUCAAGGAAGUGUUCUCAAGAAUGAAAGACAAAAAGGGGUUGCCUGUGGACAUGAUUGCAGAGUUAGAAGAACGUUAUUCAUGGAACAGCUGUCAGCUCAGUAUAUUCAGAGGAAACACCAUUUAUGUGGACUGUUAUGCUGUUCUUAAUGACCUCAGGACCAAAAUCCAUGGAACAACAAUAUCAAUUAGAGCUUUGGAGCUUCGUUUUUAUGGUGCAAAAGUAGUCUCUCAUCUUGAAGAGGGUAUUUCCCAUGUUGUUAUAGGAGAAGAUAAAUCCCGGGUAGAAGAGGUGAAAGUACUCAGGAGAACUUUUGGGAAAAAAUUUAAAAUAGUUUCUGAACUGUGGGUAACAGACUCAGUAGAGGCAGGAGUCCUAAAGAAUGAAAAUUCAUACUUACUAUAAUGUAGUUUGUAAGGUUGGAAUGAAAGCAUUGUUGGUAUGACUGAACUUUUUGGAUAUUAUGAAUUUGCCUUAAUAUUUUAUAUGUGUUUUAAUGUCUGUUUAAGUCUCGGUCUGACUGAAGAAUGGUACUGUAUUGCUGAAAUUAGAGUAAUGCUUUUAAUUAGAGUGUUGCAGAAGCUAUGUUGGAGGGGAAAAAAACCCUGACCACAUGAUAAAUAAUGCAAACCUUUUACUUCAUAAACAGAUCUCAAGAGAGAUCUAAUAGUUUACAUAAGAGAACUCUAUUAAUAGUGCUUGUCUCUGUUAUUCAAAAUAGAGACAGUAAUUUUCUAUUUUAUGAAGAUUCUACUAUUUAACAUUAUUUAUCAAUUUAUGAAUCAGUUACAUUCAUAUAAUAU